CUCAAUAUUUUAAAUUUUGGUGAGUUUGAUGAAUUUGAAUGAGUUUGGUAUAAAAACUAUAAAUUCUUUUUCUUGUUAAUUAUUUCCUUAACAAUUUAGACAUUAGUAACCAAAAUCAAUCCCAUUCAAAGUCAUAGAUCUUUUUGCCUGCUGCAACAUGACAGGAACUAUAUGCUAUAAUAUUAUUCGAUAUGCAGUCAUUCCUGUUGUUGUUGCUGGGGUAAGGAUGGGGGUAAGCAUGGCAUUAGAUGAAAUUGAUGGAAUGAAAUAUGUUUCUGAUUUGUUUGGAAAAGUGUUCAAUGAAAUUGAAAGAGAAAAGAAUAAUAUGAUUUUAAAUCGAGAUCUUGUGCUUGUAAAAGUUCAAGCAAAUGAUCAUAAAACCGAAAAGAUCAACGAUGUUGUGUUUGAGUGGCUAAAAGAAACUGAGAUACUCAUACAACAGGUGGAGAAUUUGACAGUGGAAGCUAAUCCAAGAUCAUGGAAUGAAUGUAGGAAGUUGCUGAAGAAAGUAAUUGAACUUAAUUUGAAAUGUGAGUUUGAUCCAUUUUCAAUCUCAAUUCCUAGUUUAGAGCACUUCUCUUUUGGAAAUAUUGUGUGUUUAAAGACUAUAGAGAAUACUUCAGAUGAACUUUUAGAGGCACUGCAAGAUGAUAAUUGUUCUAUAGUUGGAUUUUAUGGUAGGCAAGGUUCAGGUAAAACAACAUUGGUGAAAGCAAUGUGUGAGAAAGUCAAGUAUUUGAAGAUUUUUCAUGAGGUUUUAUUUGCCAAUGUGACUCAAAAUCCAAAUAUCAGAACAAUGCAAGAUGAAAUUGCUGACUCAUUGAAUAUGAAAUUUGAUAAAAACAGUGAAGCUGGUAGAGCUAGAAGAAUAUUCUCUACAAUAGAAAGUAUGGAUCGUCCGAUUCUUGUGGUUUUCGAUGAUGUUCGAGUGAAAUUCGAUCCAGAGGAUGUAGGCAUUCCUUGUAGCAGUAAUCGAUGCAAAGUCCUUAUGAUCACGCGUUGCCAACAAGACUGUGACAUGAUGUACUGUCAAAAGGAUAUUCGUCUUGGUCCUUUAUCUUCAGAAGAAGCUUGGACUUUGUUCAAAAAACAUUCAAGCAUUGAUGACGAGGAGUACUCCUCCUCGUUCGAUUUAUUGAAUGUGGCGCGCGAAGUUGCUAUUGAAUGUGAAGGGUUACCUGGUAUAAUUAAAGAUGUUGGAUCUUCCUUAAGAAGUAAACCAAUUGAAGAAUGGAAAGCAUCACUAGAUAGUAUGAGACAUUCAAUGGCUAGAUGGCAGAUUUUUAUCAGUUUUAGAGGGGAAGAUACUCGUUACUCUUUUACUGGUUCUCUUUAUCAAGCUUUAUGUAAUGGAGGAUUUAAGACAUUCAUGGAUGAUGGAGGACUCCACACUGGAGACCAAAUUUCACCAUCUCUUAUAAAUGCAAUCGAAGCGUCGAGGCUUUCGAUUAUUGUUUUAUCCGAAAACUAUGCAAAUUCCUCAUGGUGUCUUGAGGAACUUGUCAAGAUUAUUGAGUGUAAGAAUUUGAAGAAACAAUUAGUUUGGCCAAUCUUUUACAAAGUGGAGCCAUCAGACAUAAGGCAUCUCAGAAAAUGUUAUGGUAGAGACAUGGCUCAACAUGAAAGUAUAUUUGGAAUCAACUCAGAGAGAGUACAAAAUUGGAGAUCAGCUUUGUUUGAAGUGUCUAAUUUAUCCGGAAAAGCUUAUACAACGGGGUAUGAAUAUGAAUUUAUUGAAAAGAUUGUAGAAGAUGUUAAUCGUAUUAAAAAUCGUUUGCAAAUACGAAGUGUGUAGAUAUGGAGCAGGAACAAGAUAGAAUAGAUUUUAAUUGUUUAUUAAAUACCAAAAUAAAACCGUUUUUCUUUGUUAUAAGUAAUAUAGCAAUGUUGUUACCAUUAUGCACACGUUUUGAUACGACUCUACCUUGACAAAUGCAAAAGAAUACAAAUUCUGCUACUGCUGAAUUGGAUA